CCUCAAUCUCCAUCUUCUUGAAGGCCAUUCUCAAGUUCCCAAGGAACCUAACCCAUGUACCUUCCUCCCUCUAAUAUGAGUGUAAUACCAGACAUCGAAUUCCAUGACAGGCCGUCGUCUAGAGACAGCAAUGUCUCCCUGGAUAUGGAAGAUGUCGAUCAGUUCGUGUCUAUCAGCGUCAGGCCAAGGCCAAAGCAGAAAUAUCCUGCAAAGCUUCAUGCCAAAUCAGUAUACAACCACCUAGGAGAGAAGUCCGGCUUAAUCUACCUACCUGGGUUUCCGUAUGUAGAGUGGGAGGACUCCGACCAGCAAGUUUUCUUCAGACAACGUCGCUAUUUCUACUACCUCAGCGGCCUCGACAUUCCAGAUUGUGCUGUAACAUAUGACAUCAAGAACGACAGCCUCUGUGCAUUCAUACCGCCUCCCCGAGUUGGUCGAAGCAUAAUCUACACCGGACAGAAUCCCAGCAUUGAAGAGAUAAAGGCUGGUUAUGACUUUGACGAUGUCCAGCUCCUCACCAGUCUCGAUGGGUACCUUGCAAACUUCAUUCAUCAUGAUCCGUCAUCUAAGAUCUAUCUUCUGCAUGCCUACCAAGCUCCAAGAGACUUUCUUCGCUACAUGAAUAUGCCAGAUGGGAGCAAGAAAGAUGUCAAAUUCGAUAGCUACAAGCUGAAGCCGGCUAUGGAUGCAGCGCGUGUAAUUCAUAGUCCGUAUGAGAUCAAGAUGAUCCGAAACGCCAGUGCCAUCUCGGCCCAAGGACAUAUCAAUGUUCUAAAGGGCAUUAAGUAUCUGGAUAACGAAGCAGAAAUUGAAGCCAUUUUCACAGCAACCUGUAUUGCGGAACAGGCGAAGAAUCAAGCCUACGGAGUAAUUGCAGGAUCUGGAGUCAAUGCCAGCACACUUCACUAUGAAGCCAACAAUGAACCUUUGAGAGGAAGACAACUUGUUGUUCUUGACGCAGGGUGUGAGUGGAAGUGCUACGCUUCUGAUGUUACAAGAACAUUUCCAAUUUCUGGGAAGCAUACAACGGAGUCGAAAGCCAUCUAUGAUAUUGUGGAAAGGAUGCAAGAAGAGUGUAUUGCUAUGGUGAAGCCCAAUGCUGAUUUCAGAGAUGUACAGAAGCAUGCCAACAAAGUUGCUGUGGAAGGCCUCAUGGAGCUUGGACUUCUCAAAGGUGGUUCAUUCGAGGAGCUCUAUUUAUCUGGUGUAAUUCGAGCUUUCUUCCCUCAUGGGCUUGGUCAUUACAUGGGUCUCGAAGUUCACGAUGUAGGAGACGGCGGGAACCUCCUCAUGCUUUCUCAACACAAGAUCAUAGACUGGCGCUCCAUCGACGCUGAAAUCAUGAAUGAUCCCGCCGCCUAUGCAGCUUCAAUCUUAGCACCGAACCAAGUCAUCACAGUUGAGCCCGGAAUCUACUUCUCCCAAUAUGCAAUUGAAGAAGACGCCCUGAAAGACCCUAAGAUUGCGAAGUACAUCAACACAGACCUCUUGGCGAAAUAUUAUCCCGUGGGAGGUGUGAGGAUCGAGGACGAUAUUCUGGUCACUGAGGACGGAUACGAGAACUUGACAACGGCGCCAAAGGGAGACAAGGCGCUGAAGAUCAUUAAUGAGGCUGGAGAAGCAAAGGUUGAGGGAAAGAAGCAGUACUGGUUUUGGUAGAAUCGUACUUCUCACGGAGCCGAGUUGGACUUUGUAUAUCAUUGCUGUAAUGGAGUUUUGAAUGGGGUAAUCUGAAUUCCGAGAAAUGCUUCGUGACUGCCCUGCUGUGCUGUCAUCUAUGAAGGAUAUUGGAGUGGUUCAUCGCUGCCAUCCACCAGGAAGAAGAGGGAAGGUAGAUGCUGUCAAUCAUCACGAGUCAAGGAAGGAGUAGUCACAUUGCAUGCGGAACAUUUUUUGGUGAUUGUUUUCUAUUUUCAAGCUUUUUUUGUGCUUUUGUGAUUUUCUAAAUACAGCAACGCAUAGAGAGGCAGG